UUCAGUCGUCGCGUGAAAAAGGGUUAUCUUAUACGUUAGUAGUUAAUAGUAGUAUUUGAAAUUCUAGUAUUCAAAAUUUAUAAAAUAUCAAUCGGAAAAUGUGCAUUUUUAUUAAAUAUUGUAGACUAUGAAAACUGAAGCAGGAACAUAACAGAAUGUUUACGUCGGCAUUCAGAUAUAAGGUUGACGUUGUUAACAAUGCCAACAAACACAUAUUCACAAGGAUGCUAUGUUAGUUAACAUCCUUUUGUCUCAAUAUUUGUAGACAGUUUUGAAGAAAAAAAUAGGAUUGAAGUUAAUGGAGGUGAGUUAGCGUUUUUGUACAUGUGUCCGUCUAGUUGGAAAUUGUGUUGUGGUAAGAUUUAUUAAAAUGUGCAUGGUUUAGUCUUACCAAAGCUGUAUCUGAACGAGCGAGUUACACAUCCGGACACGGACAUGUUUUGGCCUGGUUAAUUGUGUGCUACGAAUGGAAGAUGAAUUAACAUGUGGAUAAAGAGAUAACAAUGGGACACCUGAUACAAUGGCAAAGACGGUGCUGAAGUUCAGGGGUAUUGGUGCGGUUUUAACAGUGUGUGGGAUCCUUCUUUUUCUUGUGCAGUACACAAAGAUAAUACAACAAGUGAUUCAUACUGGACGACAAGACAUUCCAGAAACUGCAGCGGAAACAAAUACUCAUGCAACAGCUGUUAAAACAGAUGAAGUUGACAAAGCACUCUUUCAUGAGAAUGAAUUAAACCUUGCAAACGAAGUUGGUCAAUCAAAAGCAUUUUUCAAUGGAUCAGAACAAUCUGAAAUUAAGUCAGUUCAUAAACAAAGGCUUUCAAAUCUAACAACUCAAACAAAACAUUUUAUAGUAUCUGACGAGAAAUUUAAAAAGUCAUAUCUUGAAAAUGAUAACCUUUUCAAAGUACCCAGUUAUGUAAAGGAAGUAAAUUGUAACGCAAUAGUGAAAGGGGAUGAAAAUAAGACGAAAAAAGCGGAACAUUUAUCGGAAGCCAAUCCUAAGGUUGGUGUAACCGCUCAACAGUACAUACACAUGACCUCUGAUUGCUCAAAGUUCGUAUCGGACAGAAGAUACAUAACAGAUACUUUGACAGAAGUUGAAAACGAUUUUCAUAUUGCAUUUAGCCUGCUUAUAUUUAAAGAUAUUGAACAGAGCGAAAGACUUUUGAGAGCAAUUUAUAGACCACAAAAUAAUUACUGUAUACACAUAGAUAAAAAGAGUGCAGAUAGUAUUUAUGAUGCAAUGUCAAGUAUUGCUAACUGCUUCGACAAUGUAUUCAUUGCAAGUACACGUUAUAAAGUUCAGUGGGGGACCAUGACAGUCUUAGAACCUGAUUUAUUGUGCAUGAAAGAGUUAUGGGACAAAAGCAAAUCAUGGAAAUAUUUUAUCAACCUAACGGGGCAGGAAUUUCCGUUAAGAACUAAUUAUGAACUUGUGCAGAUACUAAAAGCCUACAAUGGCGCUAACGACAUAGAAGGGACAAUUAAAAGAGCUAAUAGAGGCAGGUGGAAGAGCGCGGGAACCCCACCCCACGGUAUUGUUCCUACAAAAGGUUCCGUGCAUAUUGUUGCAAGUAGGGAAUAUGUCGACUAUGUUUUACAUAAUCAAAAAGCACAAGAUUUUUUGAAUUGGACAAAACACACUAAAGUACCAGAUGAAACAUUUUUCUCAUCUUUAAAUCAUAAUCCCGGUUUAGGAGUGCCUGGAGCAUACAAAGGUCAUCCAGACACGGAUAUCAAAGGGAAUGCCAAACCGUUUGUUGCACGAUUUAAAAACUGGGGUGACUGGCCUUGUAAUGGAAAACGAGUACGUAUGGUGUGUGUAUUUGGAACAGGAGACCUACCAAUGUUGGCGUCAAGGCGAGAACUUUUUGCAAACAAGUUUUAUUUGGACUAUCAUCAUUUUGCCUUAGACUGUAUGGAAGAACUUUAUUUUAAUCAUACAAGGGACGAACAUCUCGGAAAAUUUUCAUUCGAUCCAAGAUGGUAUUCUGACCUAGAAUUUAUAUUAAACAAAGUAUAAUAAUCUGUUCUCCCAGUAACUUAUUAUUGACAAUGGUGUGCGGUGCAUGCAUUUUAAGAAUUUGAAAAAUAUUAUUGACAAGGAUGUAUGCUUAUUAAGCAUUUACAGAACAAUAUUGUUAAGAAGUGACAAAAUCCCGAAGCUGAAUGCAUAUGCGUUAUUGAAGUGCCUUUAUUUUAUGUGUCUUUUUUAUCUUACAUUUUUUACAUAAAGCAGUAUAGUCUAGUAUAUAAUACAUAUUAUAUUAUACCAGAUUUAAGUUAAAGAAGUAUAGUUAAUUGGAUAUAUAUUACUUAGAAGUGGCCCUCUAGAUCUGUGUUUUUUUUUUAAUUUAUUUAUUAUGAUAUUUUUAUAUUGUUUUGUAUACUUUAUUUACACAUUUGCACGUUAGAAAUAUUACAGAGGUUAAAACGUGUUUAUAUGGCUCCGUACACGAGUCAAUAUGACGUUUAAUCAUUAUUAUGUGACUAUGAUGUUUCUUUACAGUUUUACUGAGUUCAAGCAAAUAUGUUCGGCAAAUCCGUAAUGGCGAAUUAUACCCGGAUUAUGGACCUGCUUCAAAAAAGUAAUGGUACGAGUUAAAGAUGAAAUUCACUGACCAGUAUGAUUUUUAAGAUGGAAUUUACUGUUAUGAAGCUAACAACAGAGUUAGUGGUAUGAAGACCGAGGUGAAGAUUGAAUUCACUUGUAUGAGAGAAAGAUUGUUUUCACUAGAAUGAAGUUAAGAUUGCAUUCACUUGUAUGAGGUGAAGAUUGAGUUUACUAGAAUGAAAUUAAGAUUGCAUUCACUUGUAUGAGGUAAAGAUUGAGUUUACUAGAAUGAAAUUAAGAUUGCAUUCACUUCUAUGAGGUGAAGAUUGAAUUCACUUGUAUGAGAGAAAGAUUGUUUUCACUAGAAUGAAGUUAAGAUUGCAUUCACUUGUAUGAGGUGAAGAUUGAAUUCACUAGAAUGAAAUUAAGAUUGAAUUCACUUCUAUAAGGUGAAGAUUGAAUUCACUAGAAUGAAAUUAAGAUUGCAUUCACUUCUAUGAGGUGAAGAUUGAAUUCACUAGAAUGAAGUUAAGAUUGCAUUCACUUCUAUGAGGUGAAGAUUGAAUUCACUAGAAUGAAGUUAAGAUUGCAUUCACUUGUAUGAGGUGAAGAUUGAAUUCACUAGCAUGAAGUUAAGAUUGCAUUCACUUGUAUGAGGUGAAGAUUGAAUUCACUAGCAUGAAGUUAAGAUUGCAUUCACUUGUAUGAGGAAUGAAGUUAAGAUUGCAUUCACUUCUAUAAGGUGAAUAUUGAAUUCACUAGAAUGAAGUUAAGAUUGCAUUCACUUGUAUGAGGUGAAGAUUGAAGUGAAUAUUGAAUUCACUAGCAUGAAGUUAAGAUUGCAUUCACUUGUAUGAGGUGAAUAUUGAAUUCACUAGCAUGAAGUUAAGAUUGCAUUCACUUGUAUAAGGAAUGAAGUUAAGAUUGCAUUCACUUCUAUAAGAUGAAUAUUGAAUUCACUAGCAUGAAGUUAAGAUUGCAUUCACUUGUAUGAAGUGAAUAUUGAAUUCACUAGAAUGAAGUUAUGAUAUUAAGAUUGAAUUUACUGGAAUGAGGUGAAGAUUGAAUAUACUGGAUCGCUGACGAAUGCUAAUUAUAGUUAAUCCGAAAUUCUUAUGACAAAUAAAAUCUAAAACGAAAUGGAUUUAGCCACUUAAAAUAGAAAACCCAAAUAUAAAUAUCGAUAUCAGACAGCAUGUAUUACUCAGAAUUCAAAAAUCUGAUUAAUUCGAAUCAAGAUUGUGAACUUCAAAAUAUUAUUUAAGAAAUAAUAUUAUCACAAGCAGUGAUAAUGCCGCUGAAUAAUAUCAUUGUUUGGAAUUCCGAUGAAAGCAUUACAUCACGAGUGCAAUGCCCGUUUGCUUAAUAAUAUGCAUCUGAACGACAUACAUUGGCGUGAGAUGUGUUGCAAUUAUCUCUCAUGAAGCGCAUUGAAACCAAGUCUGCAUUUAUUUUGAUUGGUUGCAUUAUUUGCUUUUAAAGGGUUUUCUUAUAGGUUUUGUUAAAUAUCACAUCAGCAACCAGUGCGGUGUUCUAACCGUAAAAUGUAUCCCCAUACUUGGAAUCAGUAUUGAUAUAUUUUCUGGCACUUUGAAAUGAUCGAAUCCAGUCAAUAUCAAUAAAUGAGCCGCGCCAUGAGAAAACCAACAUAGUGGCUUUGCGACCAGCAUGGAUCCAGACCAGCCUGCGCAUCCGCGCAGUCUGGUCAGGAUCCAUGCUGUUCGCUUUUAAAGCUUAUUGGAAUUAGAGAAACUGUUAGCGAACAGCAUGGAGCCUGACCAGACUGCGCGGAUGCGCAGGCUGGUCUGGAUCCAUGCUGGUCGCAAAGCCACUAUGUUGGUUUUCCCAUGGCGGGGCUCAAAUAUAAUUUCACUUAAGGCGGAGCUAAGGGCGUGAGGAGUGUUGCACUUUGUAUUAUUUAGUUUAAAGUUGUAGUUGUUUCGAUACCAUAGACAUUUGCAUAGCAUAUACAAUAUCUCUUAUAGAUAGAUUUAUUUCGAUAAUUGAGCAAACAUAACAUAGUAACUGUUACAAUACAUGCAUAUAAUAAAAUUUAUAAUCACAUAUAAAAGUUGUCAUAUGAAGUAAUGUGUUAUGAACUAUGUCAGUCACAUCAAUAUCAAGGAUGACACAAGAAAGAGAAAAAAAUUCUCUUAUUUCCAUUGUGGUCCUUGGUACCAAUGAUCUGACAUAGAGAGGCAUGAAACAUUAACAUGAAUAUAUAUAAAAAAUUACUGAGUUUAUAUAUCUGACUUUGAUGAGAUGAGCCUAUAUUAUGUAUCUGAGAAAAUAUCAGUGUCAGUAUGAAGAAAGAAAUAAACACUAUUACAUAA